AUGGGCAAGGUGACCUCAGAUAAUCUGUCUAUGAUGAGUGGUUUAGUAAAGGUGGCAUCAUGUAAUCUCAGUAUGCAGCCUGGUUUAAUAAAGGUGACCUCAAGUAAUCUGAAGUAUAUGAAGUCUAGCUUAAUAAGUCCUUUUAUGAAUGGUAACACUGCACUUCACAUUGCUGUAAAUGAGGGAGAGACAGGAUACAUCAAGUUGCUGAUUGACGCCGGUAUUGAUAUGAAUAUACAGAAUCAGUAUGGUAAAACUGCACUUCACAAAGUUGUAGAGAUUAGAAGUACAGAAGUCGUCAAGUCGCUGUUUUAUGGUGGUAAUGAUCUCAAUAUACUGAAACAUUUUGAUAACACUGCACUUCACAAUGCUGCACUUAACAGAAACACAGAAAUCGUCAAGUUGCUGAUUGAUGGAGGUAUUGAUCUCAAUAUACCUGGACAGACUCACUGCCACCUACAUGCCACUGCUCUUCACAUUGCUGUAGAGAACGGAAACACAGAAAACGUCAAGUUGUUGAUUGACGCUGGUAUUGAUCUCAAUAUACAGACACAGAAUGGUUACACUGCUCUUUACAUUGCUGUAAUGAGCAGUAACACAGAAAUCGUCAAGUUGCUGAUUGACGCCGGUACUGAUCUCAAUAUACAGGAUCAGCCUUUGUAUGAGGUUGAUACAUGGUUAUAUCAGGAGCAGCAUAUUGACAGUGGACAAGGCCAAGCUUGA